AUGGAUCUAACUUCAUCACACCAAAAGCGCCCAUCAAGCCACGAUGGCGACCCCACAAAUGCCAAAAAGUCUCGCAAAGCGAAAGCUAAGGCAGACGAAGAGGACGCAGAACACGUCUGCAAGGGCAAGGACAAGUCCGCUUGGGUAGAGUAUGAGUACACCGUAUUCCAUACCACCGGGACCAUCAACGCAAAAGCCGUCGGCAGACUGUCGAAACCAGACCUCGAAGUGCUAUUGCCACGAACUUUACCAGAGACGGAGUACGAUCAAGACUGGUCGGCAGACGAUGAAACUGCGCUCCAAAGCAGCUGGCAAGCAGACCCAUAUCGGUCAGAUCUCAUCGGCUACAAGGAUGCCGACAUUGGCAAGGCAUUCCGACAGGCACUCAGAUUCUUCGGUAUCACGCCGUUUGAGCUCAUCUCUGAAAAGUACGACCUCGUAUACGGCGAGAACAUUAGCAAGAUCCGGGACAAAUGGGCUCCGAAAUUCAGCUUGACCCUGUACCAUCUGAUCCCGCACCCUCUGUGGGGGAGAGAUCCCAGACUCCUCGCCAUCGCGCUGCAAUACACUUCAAUACUGAGGAGCCGCGACCUGCGCUCAUGGAAGCUUGUCCGACCAAACGAGGACCCAUUCUUCAAGAUCUUUGAGGAGGUCAUUAAGGAAACCAAGGGCCAGAAUCUGCCUAUUUACAACCUGCAUAAACAGGUGCGAAAGCGUCUCAAGCAGCAGCGCACGCCAUCGAUCUUUUCGCUCUUCCUGACGGCCCUGGAGGAAAUUGUCGAAGUCGAGGCCCGCGUGGACACUACCGAUAAGAAUGGCCCCGUCAGCGUUUACACCAUUUCUCGAUAUGAUCUCGAGUCCGUCCAAAAGGCAUUGGAUGCAACGGCGUACAUGGGGAUACCCUCCUUCCUGCCAACAGAGCUCAUAAAGGAGCACAUGUACAACUCUUCUACAGACAACCCGCCUCUGGGCCCAUCAGCGCUCACCAUGUACAUUGAGCGAGCCCUCAUCGCCGUCCGCCGCCACAAGGCAAAGACCAAGAAUCGCAACAAGCGUUUGGGCGACCAGCAGCAGACCGACCAAGAGCAGACCGACACGGCAGGGGCCAGCGUCAACUCAGAGGACGCAGAAAACAUUCUGCGUCAAAAAGACGAGGCACUUCAACAGCAGCUGAAUGAGACGAAGCUUCUCAAACAGCAGUUGAAGGAAAAGGAUGAGCUUUUACAACAGCAGCUGAAUGAGACAAAGCUUUUACAACAGCAGCUGAAUGAGCAGGCCAGCUCGAUAACCGAACUCGAAGAGUCACUCCGCCAGAGUAACGAGAAAAUUUCUCAGCAAAUGCGAAGAUCAGAGGAGUUGAGACGAUUGCGGGACAAUCAUUCUCCUGAUCGCGAGGCCGAUUCCAUGAUGCUGGUUGACACUUCUAUCAACGACCCGAAUACGUCAGACCCGGACGAUAGCGGCAACGGGGCCUCAGAGCCACUUCCAGCCUCUAUUACUGCCGAAGAGUGUGCGGCCCUCGGUAUCAACCAGCAUUGGCACCUGGCGCCAGGAAGGCUGUCAUACUAG